AUGCCGGAUGAAGAAAGCUUCGGAAUCAGCGACUACAAAGGAAACAAAUUAAUCAACAGAUUGGUUUGCUUCAACGCGACGUUGACAACGUCGUCGGGGCUAUGGCUCGGCGACCGGCCGCUGGAGUUCGCCUUCCCCAUCCUUCUUCUACAGCUAAUCGUAAUAUUUCUCGCCGCUCGGCUCAGCCACGCCGUCCUCAGCCGCAUCGGCCUCCCGCAACCUCUCUCGCACGUCAUACAAGUACUCGAUCACUCUAAGCAGGCGGGACUGCUCCUCGGCCCCUCCGGCCUCUCCCACAGCCGGAAGCUUCAACGAACCCUCUUCCCCAAAGAAAGCUGGGUUCAUCUCGACCACAUUUCCCUCCUCGCCUUCAUCCUCUUCAUCUUCAUCGUCGCCGUGAAGAUCGAUCUUGGCCAAAUCCGAAAAUCCGGCCGCAAAUCCGUCGCAAUCGCCCAAAUCGGCACCGCCCUACCGUUCAUCACCAUAUUCAUCGCCGUCCUUUUCCACCCCACCAUCCAAAUGAACGAAAUCGUCCGUAACUACAUCAUCCACUUCGCCGGUCGAUGGGCUCUCACCUCCAACAUCGUUAUUUCCUCUCUCCUCGCCGAGUUCAACCUCCUCACUACAAAACUCGGCCGACUCGCGAUGUCCUCGUCCCUCCUCUCCGAUUUCUACUGCGUAAUCAUCAGCGCGACUUUUUUGUUUGUGACGACGAUGGUUUAUCAGUCGGUGGCUUUGGGGCUGACUUUCCUCUUUUCUUGCUGCGGGUUUGUUGCGGCGAUUUGGUUGUUUGCGAGGCCGGUGGCGCUUUGGAUUAUACGGCGAACGCCGGAGGGCUCGCCGAUGGAUGAGGCGCUGUUUUUGGUUAUUUUACUUAUGGCGAUCGGCUCCAGCAUUGCAGGGGAGCUUAUAGGGCAGAGCGUGACAUUUGGGCCGCUAUUGCUGGGUGUAAUCAUUCCGGGAGGCCCGCCACUGGGGACGGCGGUGGUGGACCGGCUGGAGCGGCUGGUCUCAACGCUGUUCUUGCCGGCAUUUCUGGUCAUAGCUGGGCUGAGAAGUAACUUGUAUGAAGUGGUGAGCGGAGCGAUGUGGCUCCCAAUGACCUACCUUAUCGUUAUCAGCGUGGUGGCUAAGUUCAUCGGAGUUAUUGCCUCCUGCCUCUACUGUAAGAUGAGCUUUCGCGACGGAUUUGUGCUGGCGCUUAUUCUCAAUUCGCGAGGGAUUAUUGAGAUCAAUACGUUCAAUAGUCUCGAAGACUUCAAUCUACUUUCCGCCGAACUGUACGCCGUCAACAUCGUCGGAAUCGUCGCCGUGGGAGGAAUCUCUGCCAUGUUCCUCAAAGCUUUCUACUGCCCAUCCAGCCUUAUGCCUGCAAACCGCCGAAGAACCGUCCAAGCCUGUGCCGGCGUGGUGGAACUCCGCGUUCUCACCUGCGUUCACGGCGAAGACCACGUCCCUCCUCUCCUCACUCUCACCGACGCUCUCUCCCCCACCUCUUCCUCCCCCCUCUGCAUCUAUCUCCUCCAUCUCAGCCCUCUUGUCGGCCGCAGCAACACCAUUCUCGCUCCUUACAAGAAGAAACAGCGUAGCAGGAGCUCCUUCCGUUCAGUUUCGGGCGUCUCCUCUUCCUUGGCGGCAGCCGCCGCCGCCGCCUCCAACUCCGCCGCCAAAGCACCCACUCUCUCCGACCGCAUCGUUAACUCCUUCGUCUCGCUCGAGCGGCAAUAUCCCACAGGUCUCUUCACCAUCCAACCCUUCAUCGGAGUCUCGCCUUACGCCACCAUGCACGACGACAUCUGCUCCCUCGCCGCCGAUAAGAUGUGCGAUCUGAUCCUCCUCCCCUUCCACCGCCGAAUCGACGCCGACGUCCCCUUAGAAUCCGUCAACCCCGCCGUCCGCUCAUUCAACACAAACGUCCUUCUCUACGCCCCGUGCUCCGUCGCCAUCCUCAUCAACUGCGGCCUCUCCGCCCCACCAAUCUCCGCCCUCUCCUCCCCUCACGCCCACCGCGUCGCCCUCUUCUUCCUGGGCGGGCCCGACGACCGCGAAGCCCUCGCCAUCGCCGCCCGCAUGGCCGAGAACCCCUGCAUCGACCUCUUCAUACUAAGACUGCUUCUGCCUUCUGAGAAAAGGGAAACGGAAGGUAAGGAAGAGGAGAUGGACGACGAGGCAAUUCAAGAGUUCAGAUUGAGAACCGGUGAGGUGGAGACUGUGGAGUAUAGGGAGGAGGAGGUGAAGGAAGGGGCGGAGACGGUGAGGUUGAUGAGAGAAAUGAGUGAGAGGUGUGGGUUGCUGAUAGUGGGGAGAGCGGAAGGGAGAGUGACGCCGUUCACGGCCGGAUUGGAGAUGUGGAGUGAGUAUCCAGAGCUCGGAGUGAUUGGGGAUAUAUUGGCGUCGAAGGAUUUUGGGGGGAAUGCGUCGGUGAUGGUGGUUCAGCAGAGUUCGAAGGUGGAGGAUGGUGGAGGGGCGAUGAGGAGGAUGGCGAGUAGGCAGAGCUCGAAAACAGAGUGUGUGACAAAAACAGAGAGUGUGGAGAUUUAAGGGGAGGGUGGGAGGAGAAGAUGGUUUGAAUGGAUUGAUAUUUAUUAUUAUUAUUACUAUUAUUAUUAUUAUUAUU